AUGUCACGUAUCCAUACUGCCCCAGCUGGUGGACCCACCGAGCCACGCCUCCGGUGGUUCUGGACUAGCAGCACCCUCUGCCGCGGCCCGCCUCACCACGCCUCCGGUGGUUCUGGACUAGCAGCACCCUCUGCCGCGGCCCGCCUCACCAUGCCUCCGGUGGUUCUGGACCACCAGCACCCUCUGCCGCGGCCCGCCUCACCACGCCUCCGGUGGUUCUGGACUAGCAGCACCCUCUGCCGCGGCCCGCCUCACCUGACUUCGAGGCCCUUCGCCAUGACACCACACUGCUCGUGCCUAGCACAAUUUUUGAUGGCCGUGCAACGCUUUGCAGGACGUAGGAGCCUACCAGUCACUGUCUACUCAGACAAUGCUACAACAUUCCAUGCAGCCAACUCAGAGCUGGCAGAGCUUUUCAAAACCAUGCAGCAUACUGACGUACAGCUCUACUGUGCCCACCAUGGAAUCACUUGGAAAUUCAUACCACCACGUGCGGCUUGGUGGGGAGGCUGGUGGGAACGCACGAUAGGCUCAGUCAAGCGCUGCCUGAGGAAAGUUCUUGGUCGCUCCCAGGUGGAUGAAGAGAGCUUAAACACCACCUUGAUCAGCAUAGAAGCCGCAAUAAACUCACGACCCAUCACUCAAGGAGAGAGUGACACUGCACUGACGCCAGCCCACUUUCUAAAUGGUGGGAAAUUAGUAACAAUUCCAUGUGGGCCAGAGCCAGCAACUAGAAAGGACCUUGCCAAGGAGUUCCGACUCAGACAAAAGGUCAAUGACGACAUCUGGCGCAGGUGGAAGACAGAAUACCUCCUGCUGCUAAGACAAUAUCAUGAGGUGAAGGGAUACCCUUCACAGAGGAAACCGAGAAUUGGAGAGGUUGUUCUGCUCCAAGAAGACAGCAAACCACGGCACUUGUGGAAGAGGGCUGUGGUAGAAGAAGUGCGGCAUGGCAGAGACAGUAAAAUACGGUGCAUCAUCCUUCGCCAGCCAGAUGGUAUGAAGAUCUAUCGACCGGUCCAGCUGGUCAUCCCCCUCGAGAUGGACCAGGGUGGGGAGGAUGUCGGGGAAUGA